GGCGGCCGGGGUGUUCCCUUCGCAGCCGGCUCGGGGGCCGUAGGCUAGUGCCGCUGCCAGGAGCCUCCAUGGGGCGGCGCAGGGAGCUGUGACUGACUCGCCCUCCCCCAGCCCGGAGCCAGCCGCAGGAGGCGGCUGCGGAGAGAGACCGAGCGGACCCCCCUGCUCCCCGGCCGGCAGCCCAUGAGCAGCGCGUCCCGCUCCCCAGUCUCGGUCACCGGCGCAGGAAGGAGCCGAGCCCGGCCGCGGCGGCUCGUUUCCCGGCUCCCGGGCUCUGCCCUGGAUGGUGCCCGGCCCUGCCGCGCGCGGGGCUCCCGGGCGGGGAUCGUAGCUCCCUAGCGCCGCUCCCUGCCUGCUGAUGUCGGCGUGGCUGAGCCGGGCGGCGCUGCUGCUGGGGCGGCCGGGGGGCCCCGCCGCCGCCGCCCCCUUCUGCCUGGGCUCCUUACGGGCCCCGCGCUGCUGCCGCCGCCUGGCCACCCUGCGCGGCGGGGCCGAGGGGCUGCGCCUUCCCCCGGCCUCGGGGCUGGCGCCGCCCGGCCGCCCGCGGGCGCUGGGCACCCACCCGAAGAAGGAGCCGAUUGAGGCGCUGAACACGGCGCAGGGCGCCCGCGACUUCAUCUACAGCCUGCACUCCACCGAGCGGAGCUGCCUGCUGCGGGAGCUGCACCGCUUCGAGUCCAUCGCCAUCGCGCAAGAGAAGUUGGAAGUUGCACCACCAUCCCCAGGACAGCUGAAACACGUGUUCUUCCACAAUGCAAUACCUUUUGUAGGGUUUGGAUUCUUGGAUAAUGCAAUUAUGAUAGCUGCGGGAACCCAAAUAGAAUUAUCGAUUGGAGUUGUCCUGGGAAUAACAACUAUGGCAGCUGCUGCUUUGGGAAAUCUUGUUUCAGAUUUAGCUGGACUUGGUCUUGCAGGCUAUGUUGAAGCUCUGGCUUCGAGAAUGGGCCUGUCAAUUCCUGAUCUGACACCCAAGCAAGCAGAUAUGUGGCAAACACGUCUUAGUGCACACGUGGGUAAAGCUAUUGGAGUGACCAUUGGCUGCCUUUUAGGAAUGUUUCCUUUGUUCUUCUUUGGAGAUGAAGAAAAAAAACUGGAAGAGAAAAAUUAACCUUUUUACAAUACAAAUAAAAAUGUAAACUAAUGUACCUCAAUUAUUCAAUUAUGCUGUCAGAAUAUUUAGGAAUUAACUGACAGUAACAAUGUAUAGACUUGGGAACAAAACAUUCAGCAUGUUGUUUUAUGAAUAGACUAAUUUAUUGUAGCUGUGUCUUAUUCAGUACAUCUUUUUAUAAGAUACCAUUUAGCUUUUUAUUUAAUGUAAAUUGUUGAAAUGUUUUCACUUAUAGUAGCAACUGACGUUUACCGAUUCCCUCUCACCUUCAUCCUGUAACAGGAUUAUUACUUAAUUGCCUGCUCUGGAUGUACUGUGCAGAUUUUGGGUUUCCGUGACUGCUGCCUAACUUGUAAGUGCAUGCCAAAAAGGGUUCUUUUGCUGCUGCUCAGGUCCUCCAAUCCAGACUGUCAAUGGGGCCAGUUGGCGAGUGAUUUGGAAUGAUGUCAUUAAGCAUUCUUGCAGUUACUUUUCCCUUUGAGCUGCCAUUUCACAUUGCCCCAGGAUAGACCUGUUUUAGCUACCCCCCACGGUUUGGUUUGCACUCCUACACAAUUCUAGCUAAUAUUGCUUGCAAGCCAUCCAUUACACGCCAUCACUUCUUGAGGAGGUAAGUAUUUAUUUAUAGUGGUGCCUUGUUACCAGGUUCAUCCUUCAGUGUUUAUACACAGUCACCCAAUUUUUUUUUUCCUGAAGCAGUAUUUUGAGAAUCAAGUUUAAAGUUAGUUUGUGGAAUAUCCCUUCUUUCAUCUAACCACCCACUCAAGUUACAGCACCUACUUCCAGUGAGCAUAACUUUCCUCUCUGCCUGAACUUUAACCAAACUCCAGGAAUUCCAGCUGAGCCCCUAAUGGAGUAAUUAUGUGCUACUGGCAACUGGAUCAAAACAAUAAAACUGUGUUUUGUACAGAAUAGCAGAUAGGUUGAGAAGAGCUGUAGACAAGGGGGGAUGUCUUAAGAUGAAAUUGGAAAAGGAGAGUUAUAUUUGAGGUGAUGAUACAGGAAGUCUUUUCCAGAUGAGUGCACAGGACAAAAAAUGAGGUUGCUCCCUUAUUGUUUCGAACACUUUGUGCAAAGGGUAUGAACCAAUGCUGUGUUCUGUCCGAGAAGGAUAUAACUUGAAGAUCGGUUUCAGUCAAAUUAAAUCAGAUUCCAGUGUGCCAACUCUGGACACUUUCCAGAUCUGCCAGUUCUACAUGCUUCCCUGUAGACUACAGAUUUUCAAACCAUUAUAUGGAUUUGUGGGGAAAACCUCUAAUAUAUGGGGAAAUAGCCUCUGUUUGGUUGCCUUUUCCUAUUCAUCUGCAUCAUGGGGAAGGAGAGCCAAUUGGAGCUGCUACACAAGCUGAUGGAUAGUCUGUGGAGCGCACAAGAGCUCUGCUCCGCUAUCUGUUAGCUGGUGAAAUGCUCAGCUCUUUGGUUUUAGAACUGACUGGGGAGUUGCUGCUUCCUGCCAGCUCUGCAGCUCCCCAUGUCCCCUUGACCUCCCCCAUCUGCCUACACGCAUUUGCCCUCCCAUGAGUCUCUAGCCACUGACAUCACCCUACCCACCAUGUCCCCAGCUUCUCUCUUACUUAGGUGUCUUCUGGGACAGGCCCUGAUGGCCUGCCCCUCCCCUCCAUAGGUCUUAGUGCGGUACCUGGCUGACUCCCCACCUCUAGUCAUUGGGAAGCUGCAAACAGGGAACCCAUUGCCUCCCAAAUCCCACAGAGUUCCACGGCCUUUAGAGGCAGGGACGUAGCCUCCCAGGCACUGAGCUCUGCUGACUUCAAUCAUACUAGCCAGGAGUAGCUCUACCCGGGGGGGGGGGGAGGGUUCCACCUAUUGCUGGCAAACUCCCAUAGGGGUGGAACUUUCUUCAGCAGACAGGGCUGGAGCCAUCUGAACUUAAUGCCUGCAGAGCCAGGGUGUGGAUUAGGCAGUGUCCCCCCACUUGGCAGUCCCCCAAACACGGGAGAGAGUGGGUAGCAGGUCCUCCCAAAGGCACAUAGGUGUGGGAGGCCAUUGGGGGAGUAAUGGGGGAGAGAGGAAAAGAAUAGGGAAUCAUAGGCCUGGGAUGGAACUUCCACGCAUGGAAUCCCCGUUCUUACCCUGGGCUCUGUCUAUGAAUGGUGAAGCCUAUGGUAUGCUUUCCCUCCUCUUGUGUAAUGUGGGAGCUGGCUUGGUGGAGGGUUUUGUGGGUGAUGGGAUGACUGCAUGGACUGAAUUGGGUAUGAGGUGCAGGGGUGUGUGUGUGUAAUGGAUGGGUGAUAUUGUUCAGCACGGGUGGGUGGAACAUACAUGGGUGUGUGAAGUGGGCAGGUGUGCAUGUACAAUUGGAGGAUGUGGGGCUGCAUGCAUAGAAUGAGUGGGUAUUGUGUGCGUAUGCCGAAUGGGUGAAAUGAAUGGGGGGGUUGGUGGAGGAGUGAGUUGUCUGGGUAGUAUAUGAGUAACGACGUUGGGUAGGAAGAUGGGAGGGAGUGAAAGUGGGUUUGAGAUGUAUGGAAUGAAUGUAUGAAGUGGACAUGCAUAGAACAAAUGGACACAUGUAUCUGAAUUUAUGCAUAUUUAUGCAUGUUCAUGCAACUAUAGCUAAAUUAAAAUCUACUGGGUUUUUUAUUUGCAAAUGUUUGCAGGCAUGGUUUCCUAAUUUAGAAACUCAAUCUGGUGGUCUCUCAAUCUUUCUGUUGAAAGCUGUUUUAAGAUGAAUGAGUGCUCAUGUCAAAAAUGCUUAACGGGUGGUUUCUCUGAUCGUCAAAUUGGAAAAAAAAAUCAGUCUGGAUUAGUGGAUCUGAUUUGCAGAAUAUAAUUCACAGUUAAAACUAGACCUUUGUUUAUUAUUUUCGCUGUGAAGGCAUUUAUUGGAAAAGCAGAUUUGUGGGUUUUUUCCUUUUUUGCCUUAUUAAUUUUACUUAUUUGCAUCCCUGUAUAAUUUUUUAUGUUUGUUGGUGAUUGAUAGUUGCAAUUACCAUAUGAAAUAUUUUUAAUAUUUCAGUAUAUGACCCAUCUGUACUAUAACUAUAAAUUCCUAAUAGUUGCUUACAAAGGAGAAGAUCCUCUCUAUGUACAAUAUGGAAGAAGAUACCAAAAGCAGGGUAGAUCUAGGGCACUUUAUUUUGGCAGCUCUGCAUCCUUAGAUGAGUUUUUCUAAUCUGUAGAAAAAUAGUAACAAUUACGUUAAAUCCCAUGAAACUAAGUGUUUUGUUUGCUGUUGGAAAGACUUUAUUAUUGCAGCCCUUAUUUGUUUAACAUGUUUGAUUAGCAGCUCACCUCCUUGGUGGUAAAUCUGAUCCCCCUCUUGACCACCUCCAGAGGCCCUGCCCCAGCGGUACCAGCCCUUUAAUCCUAAUGGAUGAAGAAGGAACAAAGAAAUGCUAUCAACUUUUUAAUAAGCUUUGAGAUAGUACUGCUAAAGCAGUGUCUCAGAAUUGCACUUCCCACAAAAAGAUGACUUUUCAUAAACUUUGUUAGUAUCCCCUUAAUAUGUAGUAUCAAUUCAAAUGUCCCUUGUUGUAGGAUAGUAUAAUCUUCCUUCCAGUAUAAGUUUGUGUUUUAUGUUGUGCUUGGAUGCUUUAAAAUUGAUCAUCCAGUAGUAGUUGUCUUGCCUGGAAAGGACACUUUGGUUUUCUUCCUCUGCAUAUGUACUCAGUUUGCAAGAAGCUUUUCUUCUUUUGACUACUGUUCUUUCCUAUUUUUUUCUUUACAAAGCUAUUAGUCCUUUUUUUUUUUUUUUUUUUUUUGUUAAGAUGGAGAACACACAAAAUGCAUUUUGGAUAGCAGUAUUUUUAUUUUACUAUGGACAUGCCAUAACUCAUCAAAGUGUAACAUGUUGCUGAAGAUAAGUACCAUACUCUAAUGUAUGGUACUUUGCACAGAGUAGUUUCAGCAAUGUUUCCCAUUACAAUAUUGGCAUUGGCAUUGAAAUUUUUAGGCACUACUCAAGCUUCUGUACUUCACUAACUGAUUAAAAUUGGAACACUAACUUCAUUCUCAUUAUUUUUGAGAGCUUGCAAGAACAAAUACAUAGCUAAAUUCAGCUGUUGUAGUAGUGGUCAUUUAAAAAUGACUAUUAAGUCUAUGUACUAUUGUUUAUUACCUUGUGCAUGUAAAUUGAGUGCAUUUUGUUGAUACUGUAUGGUAAACUAUUGUUCUGCAACCAAUGUUUUUAACAAGAAAAGAUGAACUAAAAGAUCUUCAAAGAAGUUAAUGUGAUUUUGUUUUAAAACUAUUGAGCUGGCCAUGAAAAAUUAUAAUGGGCAGGCAACACUGUGGUUGGAAAUAGACUUGUGUGUUUCAGACCAGCCGUGGACAGGGAGAUCAUGAAGGUGACUCCCUAGGUCUCCCAGGAUUUGGGAAAGGAAUAGUUAAUACUGUGGAUAAAAUCCUGCCACCUUUGUCACCAGUGGGGAAGCUCUCACAGUUUUCAGUGGGGCUAGAUGUCACCCUGUAUAUGGGAUGGCUCAACAAGGCUACAGGAUUAACCCUUGUGUACCUCAGUGGUGCGAAAAUAGGGGUUUGUGCCUAUUCAGUAUUGUGAAUCUCUCAGCAUGUGUUUUUAGUAAAUGAGUAUGGGCAAUCCUGAGUGCUCUGGCCCUGUUCUUAAAAACACAGAUUUGAAAAGACCAAGCAUAUAACAGAAGAACUACCAUGUUGUCCGUACAAGUUUUUUAAGAGACUUUGUUCUUACUCCAUUCAUUUAUUUCUAUCAGUUUUGUACUGUAUGUAAAAUGGGCCUUUAACAUUAAAAACUUGGUAGACGUGAAAUUGUUUAUAUUCUGAAAUGGUAUGUCUUUUAUUGUAACUUUAAAUUUCAUUAUCAGUGUAUUUUUAACAAAUGAUUCAAGUGAUUACUGUAGUUUGAGUUAUUCCUUUUGCUUCCAUUGCCCAUGAUAGAUUCAGGGACAUUUUUUAGAAAUAACCAGCAAAGAACAUGCAUUUGAUAGUAUGGUGUGUGCCAAGCUGGGAAAUACCUCUUAUUUUUUAUGAAUAUUGUGCAUACGUCAGUGUGUUUAUGAUGCAUUACUUGCUGUGGGGUAAGAUCAAAAGGGGUUGUUAGAGGAACCAAGCAGGAAAAGGAAAACAAUCAGCUAGAUAAGGAAUGGCCCAGCAAAACACAGUAGCCAGGUUAUUAGUUGUAAAGAAGCAACUUAUCUGGUGCCAAUAAGGUUACACAGCUGCUUUGUCAAGGCUGAUGAGAGAGAGAGCUGAAAAGACUCGGUCAGUUAAAGGAUUUGCUCUGCUGAAAGAGAUGGGGAGAAAGGAAUCCUCAGCAGACUGAGGCUGACAGGCUGAUAGAGUGAGAGGGUCUGUGAAGAUGCGAACUGACUCUCAGAAGCGGGGUCUGGAAUAAGCUGGACCUACCUCAGCUAUGCAUAGAAAGGCUGCGCGUCGGUAAGUCAGGAUACAUAUAGGACACUUUUUUGCUUUAAUCCCUUUUCCUAAAUGCUGAGUUCCCUUUGGCAA